UGUAAUUGAUAUCCUGGGGAAUUAUUGUGUACAAUAAUCAAGAAAAAUCUUCAUUUCUAAUUCUAUUAUGUGGGAAAAGAACCUUUCUUUUUUCUGCCUGCAUAAAACAAACCCCACUUCCACAUGGAAUAAGCUCCAGACCAUGUUUUCUAUUAUGCUUGAAUAUAUGGGACAUGCAUUGCAAUCCUAUGCUUGCCACACUGCUGCAGUAUACUUGUUUUGCAGAGCUCUGUAGCAGGCUAGUCAAAGCUGUGACUAACCAGACCCUUGGAUACAUACUCUAAUCUCUGGCCUUUAUUUUUACAAUGAAAUUGACUUGUUCAUUGAUUUUAUAUUUUUUCUGAUUUGUGAGAAGCUUCAUGCUCUGUGUUUGGAUGCUGACUGCAAUCCAGCAAUAGUCUUUGAUACGAGUCACAGUGUACACUCUGUGGGGAGCCUGAAGAUUUGGAUUCUCUAACAGGGCAUGCAUUUCCAGAGCUGCAAGUGUUAUGGGCAUGUUGAGAACUUCCAGAAGCUGGAUUAAAGCAUCUCUUUUACAAUGAUAUCUAAUCUCGUCCUAAAGCUCCAAGCAAUGGCGAGUCCACCAGCUCCCCUGAAGAAGAGGGUGGCGAUCUGCUCAAGUCGAGCUUCAGUUUUCCAGGGACGCCAGAGGAGGAGCUAGACCAGCAGUACUCAUGGUCGCCUUCUCAGCACUUCAAUGAAGAAAGAUAUUCUCCUGCUCCGAGGAAUAUGAAAGGAUUAUCUGGUAGUCGCAAUCAACCACAGUUAUGUUCAGCUCAUACUUGUGGCUUAGCAUCCCCUGAAGAUUGUGACCAUACCCACGACCUUAUCCACCAUGGGCAGGAGCCAAGGCCGUCGUAUCUCCUCAGCCCCACGGAGAGCUGCCCGCUGGACCACCACCGUUGCUCCCCCCGCAGCUCCAUUCAUUCUGAGUGCAUGAUGAUGCCCAUGGUAAUGGGCGAUCACAUGUCCAGUAGCACUUUCCCCAGGAUGCACUACAGCUCGCAUUACGACUCCAGAGACGACUGCGCCAUGUCUCACGGUAACCCUAAGAUUAACCGUAUUCCUGCAAAUCUUUUGGACCAGUUUGAGAAGCAGCUUCCCCUUCACCGGGAUGGGUUUCACACUUUACAGUACCAGCGGACCUCAACAGCUGCGGAGCAGCGCAGCGAGAGCCCGGGCAGGAUUCGCCAUCUCGUUCAUUCCGUCCAGAAACUUUUUACUAAAUCUCAUUCUCUGGAAGGAUCCUCCAAGGGAAAUGUUAAUGGAACAAAGGGAGACAGUCGAGGGGACGAUCAUCAUCAUGGGCACCAUUCCAAGCAUAGCAAAAGGAGUAAAAGUAAGGAGCGAAAACCAGAAGGCAAGCAUAAAUCUGGAAUGAGUAGCUGGUGGAGCUCCGAUGAUAAUUUGGACAGCGAUAGCACUUACCGAACCCCUAGUGUGGUAAAUAGGCACCAUGCAGAUCAUAUAUCCCAUUGCUACCCUGAGGCACUCCAGGGGCAUUUUGGGGAUCUCUCAUUGAAGACUUCCAAAAGUAACAAUGAUGUGAAGUGUUCAGCUUGUGAAGGGCUACCAAUGACCCCUGACAGUAAAUACAUGAAAAGGAGUUCUUGGUCCACGCUUACAGUAAGUCAGGCUAAAGAAGCUUAUCGCAAAUCAUCACUGAACUUAGAUAAGCCUCUGGUUCAUCAGGAAAUCAAACCUUCUUUGAGGCCGUGCCAUUACCUUCAGGUACCUCAGGAUGAAUGGGGAGGAUACCCAGCUGGUGGGAAAGAUGAGGAGAUCCCAUGCAGAAGAAUGAGGAGUGGGAGCUAUAUUAAGGCCAUGGGAGAUGAAGAAAGUGGAGAUUCUGAUACAAGCCCCAAGACAUCGCCAAAAUUAUCCGUUCGGCCAGAGUCAUUAUUAAAAUCCAUUGGGCAAAGACCACUGGCAGAUCAUCAAAAUCAGAGCUACCUUCAAACUGCAAGUGACGUGCCUGGGGGUCACAACCUGGAUCCCUCUGCAAACUACAAUUCCCCAAAGUUUCGCUCAAGGAAUCAGAGCUAUAUGAGAGCAGUGAGCACGCUCAGUCAGGCCAGCUGUGUUAGUCAGAUGAGUGAAGCAGAGGUUAAUGGGCAAUUUGAAUCGGUGUGUGAAUCAGUGUUUAGUGAAGUUGAAGCUCAGGCAAUGGAUGCCCUUGACCUCCCUGGAUGUUUCCGAACAAGAAGCCACAGUUACUUGCGUGCCAUUCAGGCAGGCUAUUCCCAAGAUGAUGAAUGUAUCCCUGCGCUGACAUCCUCCAACAUCACCUCAACCAUCAGGUCAACCACAGCUGUAACUUACACAAGUUACAAGAAAACUCCACCGCCAGUACCCCCCCGCACCACUUCCAAGCCGCUGAUCUCCGUGACGGCACAGAGCAGCACGGAGUCCACGCAGGACGCGUACCACGACGGCCGGGCCCAGCGGAUAUCGCCGUGGCCGCAGGACGGGCGAGCCAUGUACAACUCCACCGACAGCCUGGACAGCAACAAGGCCAUGAACCUGGCCCUGGAGACGGCGGCCGCGCAGCGCCACGCGGCCGAGAGCCAGAGCACCUCCAUACGCACCAGUGACAAGGCCAUCCUCGUGACUAAAGCAGAGGAGUUCCUCAAGAGUCGCCGCUCCUCCAUAGGGAUCCAGGUGGAAACAGCAACUGAUUCAGAUACUGAAAGCAGAGGCCUACGGGAAUAUCAUUCUGUUGGAAUUCAAGUGGAAGAUGAAAAACGACACGGACGAUUCAAGCGCUCGAACAGUGUAACAGCAGCUGUCCAGGCUGACCUGGAACUGGAGGGUUUUCCAGGACACAUCACCAUGGAGGAUAAGGGACUUCAAUUUGGCUCGUCAUUCCAGCAGCACUCAGAGCCCAGCACACCCACCCAGUAUAGUGCAGUGAGAACUGUACGGACGCAGGGACUGUUCAGCUACAGAGAAGAUUACAGGACCCCAGUUGACACCUCAAACCUUCCACCACCAGAGCCCUGGCUGGAGCCAGCCAUCGAGACAGUCGAGACCGGCCGAAUGUCUCCUUGUCGGCGCGACGGAUCUUGGUUUAUGAAGUUACUGCACACUGAGACUAAGAGAAUGGAAGGAUGGUGCAAAGAAAUGGAAAGAGAAGCAGAAGAAAAUGAUCUUUCUGAAGAAAUCCUAGGUAAGAUCCGAAGUGCUGUUGGAAGUGCUCAGCUCCUCAUGUCUCAGAAAUUCCAGCAAUUUUAUUGGCUUUGUCAGCAAAAUCUGGACCCGAGUGCCAUGCCAAGACCAACUUCCCAGGACCUUGCAGGUUUCUGGGACUUACUGCAGCUCUCAAUUGAAGAUGUCAGCAUGAAGUUUGAUGAACUGCACCAGUUGAAACUCAAUGAAUGGAAAAUAAUAGAAUCACCUGAAAGGAAGCCAACGGGUUGGUGGAUGGAAGAAAGAAAGAUUCCUCCUCCUGUACCAAAGAAGCCCCCAAAAGGAAAAUUCCCUAUCACAAGAGAAAAAUCUCUGGACCUACCUGACAGACAGCGGCAGGAAGCCAGAAGACGGCUGAUGGCUGCCAAGCGGGCAGCCUCUUUCCGGCAGAAUUCAGCCACAGAGCGUGCAGACAGCAUUGAGAUCUAUAUCCCAGAGGCUCAAACCCGGCUUUAAAGACAGAAUGCUGCAGAGUUCCUUUUUUUAAACAAAAUGCUUGUACAGUUUGUCACUUACCUGGUAAUUUUUGUCUCAUUCUCUCCACUAAAUAUGCCCUUGAUGUUGUGUUCUUUGUGCCAUAAGCACAGUGGAAUGCUUUUGAUUUCCUCAGAAUUUGCUGAGCUCACCGCAAGAACAACUUCUUUUUGUAUUUAUUGUCUGACUUACAAUCAGCUACAAUGGAUAGGGCUUGUCAAGACCUGACUUAUCCAAUAUAUUCUCAGAGGACAACAAGAAACACCUCUUGAGAUGGAACCCAGCUUACUUUUUGUUAUUUAUAUUUUUAUAAAAUGUGUGAUAAUUAGGGAUAAGAAUAACAAACUAUAAAUGGGUGCAUCUCACCAUUCACUAGAGGCAUUAGCUAAUCCAAGUAGAAGGUGCUACAAAUGUAAAGAGCAGGAAAGAAAGAACCCAUUUAUCUCCUUGACCUUCAGUUUCUUUUCCUAGAAUCCAGCUAACAUAUUUACCCAUGCGCUCUGCCACUCUUCUCAUCUUUGUUACUGCAAAAUAACAUUAGGCCUCUCAUCUCAUUCAAGUUUCUGGAGAUGAACAGGGAUAUCCAGCCACUAAAACUCCAAAGUUCAUCAGAAACCAAGAAGCAUACAAGUCUGGUGAUGGUGGGAAUGUCCACUGAGAAACGUUUGCUGUUAGCAGUAUAACGACACACUGAAACCUAAGCAGAAUUGUAAUGCAAGAGGACUUGAGUGAUGGUGAAAGGAAAACGGAAGCCUUAAAAAGUUAGAUCUUCUGUAGUAAGACGAGUAAAGAAAAGGUUAUACUUGCUCCUUUGGACCACUCAUUGCAUUUUUAACUGUUCUUUUACAUGUUAAUAUUUAUUUUAUAAACCUUCUCUCCUUCAUUUCAAGAGCUGUGCUAUAUGUACUAUUUCAAACUCUCAAAUUGUUAUAACAAUUGAGUUUCCAGGGUAUCCUUGAGAACAAAAAAAUCUUGCUUGUUUAAAAUGCCAGUUGUGAUGUUGUAAACAGUUUAAGAAAUAUGAAUGUGAGUGGUAAGUAUAUAUAAGUUUAAAUGGUUAUGUUAAGGUAAAGGUGAACUGUGGUUUACAAUUGUAAUUUUUUUUAGAACUAUUUUUCUAUGCAGUAUCAUUUAUGGCAAGAAUAAGGUUCUUGCUUGCUUCAGACAUAGGAAAAAAAAAAAAACUGACUCAAGAGAUAAGUGAUUUCCAGCUAUGGAAUAUAAGGAAAAUAAUAAAUUUUCAAGCCUCAUAUUGUCAGAGAGAAGUGGUAGCUACCACAGUCAAGAGGCUUUCAUUUAAAACAAAUUAGGACAGAAUUAUUCCACUUCACCUACCUUCCAGAGCCAACCAAGCAGUCCAGCACCUAGAAGUCUUCAGGUGAAGACGCAAUAAAAUGAGCAACAUGCAGCCCCCAAUACCAAGGUUUGAAUCUUAUUGAACACAAGUUUAGGUGAAAAGAAUGAGAACCCAGUGAGACAGACAGCCCCAGCUACCACAUUCCCCGUUUACCUGCUUUAAAAAAUGCAAUGUAUUUAGCCAUAGGCAGAACAAUUCUUUAAUUAUACUCAAGCACUUUGGUUCUUCACCUGUUGAGCACUUUAAAUCCAAAUCCCAUACACCCUGCAGCCUGAUGGAUGAGUGAAAAUGUGAAGUACCAUAGGUUUUGCAGAUCUGACAUUGCUUCAAAUCUGUUUUCUUUUGUUUGGUUGCUUGGUUUUUUCCCUCUUUUUUCCCAGUGUGUGGUAUUAAGCAUGAGUUCUGUCUUUGGACAACUGAUAAAGCAUGCUUGGCUUCAAAGUACGAAUCUUUAGAGAUGAAGUUUUGAGAAGUUCCUGUGAGAAGACACCCCUGUAAAUUGAGCCUGGUAUCUGGUAUAUACUUUACCAAAUAGCCUUAAACUAUAUUUGAAGCAAAAACCAAGACGAAUGUAUAUCCUUCAAGAAUGAAAAAAAAAAAAAAAAAGGACAAAAAAAAAGAAAAAAAGGAAUAAAAAAUAAUAAAUCCCUGAAAUAUUCUUCUAUAGAUGAAAACAUUAUAUUUCCCAUCCCUUGCGUUUUCGAGGCAUUUUCUAUUAAGGAAAGAGCUGAAUCCGAGGCAGUGUACAAUAUUGAUGCUAUUUCCUAUAUUUGUUGUACUAUUUUAAAUACAGAAGUACAUGCAGAGACUGGCAUCUUUAGUCUUGAAAACUGGUAUCUUAAAGUGGAGCUGCUAAUUAGAAUAUCCACACAAAACCAAAGCCAGUAUUUUUCCUAGAUUGAAGAAAUUUAAACUAGAGACACACACACCUGUACACAUAUAUACAUAUGGCAGCUGACAAAUUUUAUCUAAUUUUCUGCACACUUCCAGGAGGAAUCACUUGCUUUACUCACUUGAACCCUUCUACCUGAAGCAACAGGUCAAUUAAGCAAUUAAGACAAGCUGUACCUGAUCCUGCCAGUAAUCAGACUUUAUGAAGACAAAUUGUAAACCAAACAGAUUACAGAUAAACUGAGACCCCAGCUGGCCUAAUAAUGCUGACUUGGAGGAGUCUGUGUUCUACAUUUCCUAUGCUGCUAUAAGAAAAUUCUCAGUAUAAUAUUUAUAAAUCUAUGAUUUCUGUUUGUUCCACCUUGUUCAAACAAACAAAAAAACCAAACAACUAAAAAAACCCACAAAAACAAUUGGAAAAAAAUCAAAAGUAAACUAGAUGCCUACCAACAAAUUUGAUAAUGUUGUCUGUGCACAUUACUUCAAAAGAAGUGCAAUAUAUUAAAUUGUUGUACAGGUAACAUUUUAUUUUUUAAGGCAAAUAAGCCCUUUCAAUUUACAUAUUGUACACCUGAUUGGUUUAGAAAGAUAACAUUAUGCUUAUAAUAUUUGUGUUGCAAAUAAAUCAAAGUCAGAUUGCUUCAUUCUCUGACAUGAGAAACACAGUCUCUUAAUACACAUAUGUCCAGAUCUAUUGUAAUCUGACUCCACAUCACAAAAAUAAAUGUCAGUUACAAAACCAAAGUAGGAGGAAUAUAAAUAAACAGAAAGAUAGGAACUAGAAUGCUUUCUCCUUUGAGAGUUCAUGGUAUAGACCCACUCACAACAGCUGAAUAUAGCAAAAUAGUCUGGUGUUUAAUUAAAUAUUAAUUGGGCUAAUAUGUAUUCUAACACAUUAAAACGAUAGAAAGUCUCUGUUCAUUUAGUCAUUGACUGUAAAACACAAGUAUACUAAACAGAAUUCAGAAACUUUAAAUAAGGAAAAAGGCCUGAAUGGUAAAAUUGAUAUUUGCCAUACUUAUUUUUGCUUUGUAUAUUUUUUUAGAUUUGAAAUUCUUUGUAAUUUGGUGGAGCACAUUAUGAAGUGUUUUAUUAUUUCACGUCCAUCUGAUUAGAAUGGCCUUUGACAGAAUGCAAACAUGAACAACAUUGUACAGUUUAAUACCAAAAAAUGAUAUUUUAAUUCAUGCUUAAACCUUGACACCAUAUUAGAUUUGAAAUCAAUCAGGAAGGAAUUAAAGUGUGCAUAGGAAAGUGCGUGAAUUUCAUAUAUACAGAUAGAUAUAACAUAUAUUUCAUACGAUGGAAAUUAUUUGUUUUAAAAUAAGCCCACGUCCUGCUGUAUCAGUAAAUUAGUACUCUACUUCCUCAGCACUGCAUCUAGUACAUAGUCAAGGAAUGUUUGGUCAUUGGGUGGUUUUGCAGGUAACUGCUCUGUGACGAGUGUCACGCGUGGCACGGUGUGUCACACGGGGCCUGCAGCCUCCUGUGGG